AAGGUUAAUGAAGUUACAGUUUCAUAUCUUAUAAUCCUACUUGGAAUUGCAUCAUGUGCAAUGCUUGCCCUGUUUUGGAAAGAAACAGCCUAUAUAGCYGGCGCAGAGCGAAGUAUYGCUCUCCUAGCACUUUGUKUUWURYURGCAWYKGUYGAUUGYACGUCUUCAGUGACUUUUGUUCCCUACAUGGCGAGACUACGUCAAGUUUAUCUAAGUCCAUACUUCCUUGGCGAGGGUUUGAGUGGACUUUUGCCUAGUUUGGUAGCACUUGGUCAAGGAGUUGGAGAGGGAGCUACCCAUUCACCUUGCUUGGCAGUUCCUGUUGUCAAUGUGUCAAACUCUACAAACUCAACAUCACAAAGUUGGGGGCCAGGUCCAAAGUUCUCUGUUGAAGUGUUUUUCUGGGUUUUGACGGGUAUGAUGGUGAUGUGUGGUGUUGCUUUCUUGUGCCUCAAUCUUCUCCCUGUUACGAAAAACCAAAAAGUUAAAAAUACAUCAAUAUCUAUAUCUACAAGUGACGUGUAUGAGUUACAGAGCCCAAACAAUGAAAACCAACAUCAGUGUAAACAUUAUGUGAAUAAUCCAAUAAUACAGUCUACAAUGAAAGAAAACAUUUACCUGCUUAUAGUUCUGGCUAUCAUAAAUGGUCUUAGCAAUGGUAUCAUCCCUGCUAUCCAAUCAUACUCUUGUAUACCAUACAGCUACUACAUAUACCAUUUGACUUUGACYCUGUCCAACAUUGCCAACCCAGUUACGUGCCUUUUCUUUCCAUUAAUGAGAACAAAAUCUACAAUCCUCAUUACCAUCCUCAGCAUCAUUUACUGUGGGAUGUGUACAUAUAUCCUCGUGAUUGCAUCACAAAGUCCUAAUGUCCUAAUGAGAUGCGAUGAUGCUGGUUCUGUUUUAAUUGUGAGUACUARAAUUUUAAAUUUCACAGUAGGAACAGUGUUCAAAUUCACAGGGAAAGUCUCCCACUGCAAGUAUAACAGCAGAGAGUUUCUGAAAUGCAAAGAUUAUUUUAGUACAGUCAGUUUCUAGGCACCUGUUUAAACAUUGAUAUAGGCAAGUGAUGUUUAGCGUAACCAUUUGUCUCCUAUUCAUGCUUCCCUUUGGUCUUAGAGCCUCUGAUGAUGUAACCUUUUAAAACCGACAACUUUUUCACUUAACUGUGUUUAUUCAAUCAAUCACCUUGCCUUGAGUAACAUUUGUCCCAUUUCAUGACUUUUGGGAGUACAACCCAUUGUAUUACUUUCAUCCAUAUUCGUGCAGUGGUUAUAGAAAUCAAACAUAUUCCACGUGGUCUAAAAUGGGACAAACAUUAACCACACUUAGGAGGUCUAUUCCCAAGUAAGUUAGUUAUCUCUACCAGGUGAUCUUCCAUAUUUCAGCCAAUGAGAUUUUGGCUUUCAACUUAUCUUCAUGACUGCUACCCUAUAGGGCUGUGCAGACACUCAAACAGGGGGGUGCUCAAACCAUUAGGUAACAUACUGUAUGGUAAACUGGAUGACCAAAUGAGAGGGCUUAGUGUGCCCAGUGACACCUGAAAAUGUAUUGUCUUCUACUUUCUCUUUGAUUUGGUUUACAACAAAUUAGCUACAGAUGGCUGCAUUCUUUGUGAAUUUCUUACACAAAUGUUUUAAAGCCUUCUAGUAGCCAUAGUGACUGUAGCCUGGACAACAAGGUUUAAAC